AACGUUCGCUAUGCAAAGCUUUCAAGUGCCUGCAGCGGUACAUAUCUUGAUUUUGUUGCUGGGGAGCAUUGCGCUUGUGAGAACAGGAAGCGUUGUCAAGCCGCAAGUACGCUGGGCGCAAAGCAAUAGCACCCUGUUUCUGGAGCUUCGACCGCCCAAGGGCGGGUCCAGCUGCGGAGAACUGGUGGCGGAGAUUUUCUUCGACCGAAUUGUCGUGUCCACCCCAUGUGCUGAUGCACAGCAGCAAUGGGACUUGGAGCUUCGGGAAGACGUUUGGUCCGAAGACUCACGACUUGAGCAGCUUCCCCAAAAGCGUGGGCUGCUGCUGCUACUCCGGAAACGUUUGCAGCAUCGCUGGGAUAGGCCACUGAUGGAAGAAGCCUCCUUCGCGCUGCCCAGGGACUGGAGACGAGAAGAUACGAGCUUACCCGAAGAGGAUGAGAUUGAGCUGCCACGAGCUCAAAAUAUCAAGGGCUUCAAAAGUCGAUCUGAACUUGAACAGGGGCUUCAAAAGAUGCAGACUCUGGUGAUCGCAAUGCGAUAUCCCUGGUGCAUGGCUUGCGAAGAGAAAGACAAAGCUUUUGUCAAAGUGAGUAAACUUGCUGGUGGCAAGAAGGCUUUUGUCAAUGUGACCUAUGGCACGCUGGAUCUUCGGGAAGAAAAGGACAUGGCGCGCAAACUAUGGGGACAUAACCUCCACAACUGUAGUGCCAAGUAUAAGGGCUGUCCUUUGAUGGUGUUCAAGCCUGACGAACCACUGGAUGAACCCUACCAGCUUCAUGUACACUUGCUGUACGAGGUUGACGAAGCCGCUAUGAUGGCGGAUCCAUUGACAGGCAUGCCAGGUCAUAGUCCCAAAGGCCAGGUGGCCAAGCCUGACUACGAGCGUUUCGAGCGUGACCUGUCUCUAUUGCUACCACCCGCCGUCUCCUACCUCAACGCCACGGAGCCAAAGCUGCCAUCUCUCCCAACAGUUGUUGGCAGCAACAUUCCUAUCACAGCUUUCCGUCAAGCGGCGAGGCAGCUGAGAGGGACAACGUUCUUUUCUCUAGCGCCGCAAGUGGAAGGACCUUCCAUUAGAUUGUGGAGAUGGGAUGAGCUUGGAAAGCGGGUCAUUGACUAUGAUCAAGACGUUGAAAAUCUGAAUGCCAGCUACUUGGAACAUUUUGCGCGUGUUCACUCCCAGCCGCUGCUGCAGAACUACUCUUGGACCUUGAAGGAUCAGCUGGAUGGCAUCGGGAUGCCCAUAGGAGUGCUGUGGGUAAACCAUUCAGAUACCAAUAGCAGCAACAUCACUGCCCGUGCUUUGACCGCCUUCAGCAAUCUGUGCAACAAGCGUCGCGGGACCAAUUCAUCACGGCAUAUUCUUUGCUGCGUGAUGGAUCAGUCGAAUGCAUACCAUCAGCGUGACUAUGGAAGUCAUGAGCCCUACCCGUUUCCUUUCUUUGGCCUCACGCAAAAGUUGGGGUUCCAUGCUGGAGACCGCUACGGAUAUCCAUUCCGGGAGCCAGUGAACGCUUCAGUCUUGGGUUUCUUCAGCAAUAGCAAAAGCGCCACGCGCAACAUGGACGCCUUCGUGGGUAAGGUGUUGCGGGGCCGAGUGGCGCCCUCCCACGAAUCCAAUUUGGUACCAAACAGGACCUGGAUACGCGGAGAGGUUCAGGAAGUGGUCUGGAAAACUUACCAGAAGGAGAUCAAUGGAAGCACCGCAGACAUCCUGCUGGAGCUGUAUGACGACCAAAGAAAGAAGCACCACACCCUUUCAGCCACUAUGGAGGUUAUAGCCAAGACCUUGAAGGACUACAGAGAUCUGAAAGUGGCCCGCAUGGAAGUCAGUCAGAAUUACGUGCCACCAAUCUUUGGCAGAAAGCAGUUUUCGAAGGACACGGAGUACUAUUGGAUUCCACCCAGCCUUGCCAGUGGUGAGUGGACCCCAACAGAUCCGAUUCGCUAUGCGAAUGACGUGGACGAGGUGACGCCUGGAAAGCUCUUGCGUUUCUUGAAGAAGCACACCUUGUCCAGCUGGUCCUUGAAAGAAGCCCUGGAGUCAUCUGAUGACAUCUCGGAAGAGAUCAUGGGCUAUGCCAGACAGCAGCAGCAGGCAGAUGACCGAGCAGAAGCAGACAAGCAACAGAUGAUCAAGAAGAUGAUGACGACCCUGAAGAAGGAAAAGGGCUUAGUAGAUGUCAACGAGAUGAUGGGUCUCAGAAAAGCUGCUGAGACACUAGGGGAGACCAAGCCGGAUUCCAAACCAGUGAAGAUGGGCAAAGGAGCUGCGCGUCCACCUGAGAAAUUAAGCGCUGAAGAAAUGGAAGAGCGGAGGCAGAAACGACGUGAAGAGCUGAGGAAGGAAGAUGACAAGCAGAAAGAGAUCGCGAGGAAAGACAAAGAGAAAAGAAAGCAGAGAAAAGAGGUUGAAAGGCUACGGAAAGAGAAGAAGAAGGCAGAGGAAGAGAAGAGAAGAGCUGAAGCAGUCAAAGUUGCUGAAGAGAAGCGGAGACAGAAGGAAGCCGAGCGCUUGCGGCUUGUGGCAACACCCUUAUUCUCAUGGGGCCAAUCGAAGGAUCAGAUCCGAGUGUCCAUUGCCAUCCCUGGAAUGCAAAAGGAUUCCCUGCAGGUGAACUUGACAACUGACCGGGUCGCCGUGUCAGCAUUGGAUUGGCAGACACGGAGGUACUCUUUAAACUUUGAACUUCGUGAGUUCGUCGUGCCAGACAACUCAUCUUGGAACUUGAGGAGUUCGGAGGACUCUUCACGCUUGGAGGGUGUCCUGAUACUGCUGCAGAAAAGCAUCCUGCACCGCUGGGAUCGACUUGCCCAGAAUCAUAGCGCCGUAAAGAACUUCUUGCGAAAAGAUUGGGUGCAAGACGAUGGCGAGAUGGAAGAAGAGAAGGAGGAAGUGGAGCUUCCAUCCGGGCCAAACAUCAAAAAGGUGUCGGCCACUGGACUCCAGAGGCUGCUAGAGAAGCAUAGCUUGGUGGUAGCCGCCCCUCGCUAUCCAUGGUGCGACAAGUGCAAAGAGAAAGAUAGGGAGUUUACCAAAGCUGCAAGGUCAAGUCGCACUCAAGACCAUUUAGAUUCGGUCUCUUUUGUCGUGCUAGACGCGCGGGAAGAGAAGUACUUUGCGCGGAAGCACAAUGCUUCCUGCACCGAUGCCUGCGAGUUACUCAUGUUUAAGGAGGAUGAGCCAGAGGAGCCAUACGCAGUGCCCGGCCGCCGUUUCGCAGAAGAAAUCCAAGUUGAUUGCUACAAGCACCUUUUGCCUGUAGUGAGCAUCAUCAACAACAAGACACACUUCGAUCGGGUCCUGACUGCCUUUGAUACAGCCAUCAUGGGUUUCUUCCAGAGAAAUGCCUCAGAUUCCUGGUUUCAUCGCUUCCGCCAGGUGGCUCGUGAGCUAAGAGGACAUGCCCUCUUUGGAGCUGUGUUCAAUGGAAGCCCUGCUGAGAUGGGCAUCGACUUCAGGGUUGCCUCGGAAGUCGAAGCGGAUGGGCGACCCUUGGUGCUGCUGUUCAAGCCAAAAGAGAACCGACACGUGGAGUUUACUGGCGAGCUAACUUUGGAGAAGCUGUCGCAUUUCUCGAAGGUUCUGAGUUUGCCGCUUCUUUCACAGUACACCCCGGAAAGCCGGCAGAAGUACAUCGAGCUUCAGGUGCCUCUGGGGAUGCUAUGGCUGGACGGUGAGGAUGCAGAUCGUCCUGAGAAUCUUGCAGCCAAAGAGGUCGCUCAGCGUUUGGCCAUUCGAUUCUCAGGGCAUUUGGUCUUCGUGACCCUAAACAACACCCGGGAUGGGUUUCUACUGAGACCCUUCGGCUUGGACCCGCGACGGGUGCCAUGUUUUGGCUUAUCGUCCUCCGAAGCGCCAGAAGCGAACCGCUUUGCCUAUGAGCCAGAGGUAACUUCGACUUCGGAUUCCUUUUGGCUGCAAUCUGACGCCUUUCAGCGAUUGGAAGCCUUCUGCAGCGCAUUUCUAAAUGGAACUCUUGAGGCCUCACACGAGUCUGCCAAGCUGCCCAAGUCCUACCGUUGGCCAGGGCCAGGGCGGGUUGAAGAGGUGGUAUGGAAGACCUUCCGCUCCUCGCUUGCUGGGGAGAAUCUCCUCCUGGAGCUAUACUCACCAUAUCGGCCGCAGCAUCGAACCCACCUGGUGGUGUUGGAUUUGGUGGCAGAGGCGCUGGCAAAUGUGACCACCUUGAAGGUGGCUCGGAUGGAUACGGCCAACAACUACGUCCCCCCAGAGUUUGAGCUGAAGGACAAGGAAAAGUCCUCCAGCGUCUACUUCCGCGGCGCGCGAAGCGGGCCCUGGCGCCGCUUUGCGCCCAAGGGCGGUGCCGGCCGCGCCGAAGAGCUGCCCAAGCAGAUGCUGCGCUUCCUGCACCGUGAGAUGAAAAGUGCCGCUACUUUUGACUUGACGGAGCGGCUCAACUGGGUGAAUGCUGAGGCACUGAUCAGGAUUCGCCGCCUCAAAGCCCUGGAGAAAGAUUACGAGAAAAAGAUGCAGGACGAAUGGAUGCAAAAGGAAAUGGAGGAGUUUGAGCGCUACAAGCGCCUUGGGAAGUUUGACAAUAUCAAUUUAUGACACGGUGCCUGUCCUGCUGUCCUGGAUUGGAUGCAGGGGAACAGAUGGCAAGCGCCAAAGCAGCACCGUUGAUCCCGCGCUGACUGGGAAGGGUUUGCGACGCCGUGUGCUUUGGAGAGGUUGGGCAAAAGCAGCCAGCGCUUCCAGCCUGAGAGACUGUUAAUGCUUGAGGGCCAACUGCUUCUGCAGAAA